AUGCUGGUUCAUUUCUUGGUAGAGAUUUCAAGUCAAUAUGAGACAUAUAUCAGUGAAGUAGACUCUGCCGUUAGAAGUCUAAUUGAAGCCCUACACAAAUACGACACUAACUGUAAACAUAAAAAACAUGCAUUCUAUACGUCCAAGCCAAAAGUCCAUCUGUUGACCUAUCUACCUGAAGAUUUACAAAGAUUCGGGCCUGCUCUUAACUACAAGACCAAAAAGGGAGAGCAGUUCAACAAGCACAUUUGUGAACACUUGUUUCAUACAAACCGUAUGAACACAUCGAAAGAUAUAUGUCUCAAAUUUGGUAAACAAUAUAUGACAAGACAUAUUAUUGAUGGUGGUUCAUGGAUAGGCAAGAAUGGUUUAAGGGAAACCCGUGGAAAAGCUAUUGCAGAAUACAUGCAACAAAACUCUGAUGGGAAAUUCCAUGAAACUUUGCUCGGUGGGUCCAGAGAAUUUGCAGACAACAACGGUACAGGUUUGACCCCUGGAAGGAUAUUAAAAGACAAUACAUUUGCUCUAUUUAGACAAAGCAAUGGACAUAUCAUCAUUGGAAUGGUGCUUCUUUCUAAAGUAUACCAUUUGUAUAUCGAAUAUCCAUCCACACAUGCUGUUAACAACAAUUAUUGUCUAGCACUCAAAUAUGCUGAUGAUAUAUACACGCCACUAGAUGAAUUGAAGGUUGUUUGUCUAUUAGACAUGCAUCUGAAAGUUGGCUGUAAAUAUGUUGUUAACCUCAACAAAUUUGGUUCAUACUGGUCCUUCCUUUAUCCCUUUUAUUAA